AUGUUUUUAGUAGCAUCCAGUGGGUUUGGUCCUGGCAAACAAAGUUGGGGAUAUAGUGAGGUGCGCCCAAAAGCGUUCAUUUUCUGGUGGCUGUAUCAAGCACACUCGCAACCGGAUACUUCAGACCACUACUCAGGGAAGCCUCUCCUGAUGUGGCUCCAGGGAGGUCCUGGUGCGUCGUCUAGUGGAUUUGGUAACUUUGAAGAAAUUGGACCACUGGACAGGAUGCUUAAACCGCGUGAGAAUUCUUGGGUAAAGAACUACAACGUCCUUUUCGUCGACAGUCCUGUCGGUAGUGGGUUCAGUUACGUCGAGGAUCAUUCUCUGCUAGCGCGCAACAGUACAACGGUGGUAAGUGAUUUAUUAGAAUUUCUAAAGCAUUUCUACCACACCAUCAGUGUCGCCACGACAGCCGACUGGGAGGGUAAGGUCCCACUGUACAUCGCUUCCGAAAGCUAUGGGGGACGUACAGCGGUUGAAUUUGCGUACGCACUAGCACAGGAAAUUCAAACCGGUGCGAUGCAUUGUAAGCUGGCCGGUCUAUUCCUGGGUAGCGCUUGGCUGUCGCCGAUGGAUAGCAUUGCUGCUUGGCCAACAUUUUUACUCGGUCUUGGAUAUUUGGAUGAUGCUGGACGCGAACGUAUCGAGCAGAGGGUAGCUGCGCUGAGUGAAAAACUAGCCGAGGAACGAUCCGAUAUGACAAUGGGGCAUGGGUGGCAUGAACUGCAGCAGGCUAUCAUUCAGGAGACGAAAGGAAUUAAUUGCUACAAUGUGCUGAAGCCUACCAGAAAGGAUAUUCUUCCACUGGAAGUCGAAAGUGAUGAAGUGCUGGAAUAUGGAGAAACGCUCUGGUGGUACAGUGACACCGGACCACCGCAACUUGCCGAGCCGCAAAGCUCCCUGGAGCGGUUGAUGCGUGGACCCGUCGCACACACGCUUGGUAUCGCGGACAAACCACCCUGGGGGAGUCAACGAAUGGCCGUAUUCGAUGCGCUCAGUGAUGAUUUUCUCCAACCGAGCGUUGGGACGGUGGAACGAUUGCUUAACGAAACCAGCGUCGAGCUGGUACUGUUCAGUGGCCAUUUGGAUUUGAUUACCUGUCUGUCCGGUACACUCGCGUGGGUGAAUCGUUUGUUUCAAAAGCGAUCCAAAUUCGUACCACACCGGCGGGAAGCUUUUACAGUGGUUGGUGGACUGAAUGGUGAUGCCAUUGAAGGAUACCGUACGACGUAUAGCGAGCGCUUUACACACUACACGGUUCUCCGUGCCGGUCACAUCGUACCGGCCGAUAAUCCUUCCGCAAUGGCACACAUACUGCAGGAGCACAUCGAUCGAUACUAA